AUGGCAGGUGACAAGCCUAUUCCACAUUUCUAUAAAAAUCUUUUGACCUUUAUAUUUGCUAUUGGGGAGAUCAACAGUCAUCCGGAAAUGUUACCAAAUAUCACUGUAGGAUAUCAUUUAUUUGAUUCAUGUUCUAAUGAAAAAAAGACUGUAAAAAGCAUCCUUCAGAUUUUAUCUGGACCAGGAAAGACCGUCCCUAAUUACUCCUGUACUAAACGAGGGACCCUGGCUGGUUUUAUUGGGGAUGAACUUUCCGACACCACCAUACCCAUGGCACAAAUCCUUGGCAUGUAUGGGUACGCACAGAUCAGUUAUGGCGCAACGCAUUCCGUGCUCAGCGACAGACGAGUUUAUCCGACAUUUUUCCGAACAGUUCAAAAUGACCAUGUCAGUUAUUAUAUUUUAUCCAAGCUGCUGAAACACUUUGGCUGGAACUGGGUCGGCAUUUUAACCACCGAUGAUGAAAGUGGAGACAAGGAAAGCCAAGUACUGACAAAGUAUAUGAAAGACGAUGGAAUUUGUGCUGAAUAUGUAAUAAAAAUACAUUAUUUUCAAAGCAUGGAUCAAACUUUUGAAUACGCUUCCAAAACAAUAGAAAGAUCAACAUCUCAAGUUAUCGUAUUUUGUGGUUCCUUUUCUGAAGCUUUUAUGUUUAUUAUUAGGGAAACAAAACAUUCAUUAAUCAAUAAAUAUGUAAUUCUUGGCACAACGUGGUCUUCAAACACAUUUCUGUUUCGGUCUUUCUCUGAUAUAUUUAACGGCACUCUGACACUGAAACCGUAUUACAGCGACCAUGUUCCAGAACUUUCAUUCUUCCUUGAGAAAUUUCACCCAAAGAACUACCCAAAUGACAAGUUACUGGAAGAUUUGUGGGUAACAGCUUUUGAAUGCUUGUCUCCAGAUCCCUAUAAAAACCAGUAUUAUGAAAUUCAUUUUGGGAUGUCACUUCGUAACUGUACUGGGAGAGAACGAUUGAAAGACAUUGUUAAUUUUAUCAACAACGGGGAUGCUUCUCGAGUGAAUAAUGCAGUGCUUGCGAUGGCUAAAGCCCUACACAAUAUGUACAUAUUUCAGGAAAGAAAACCUUAUCGAAAUAAAAUAACUCAUUACAAACAUCAGAUUCCAAAAUCUCAGUGCUCAGAAAAUUGUUUGCCGGGUUACAGGAAAGCCCCGGGGUCUGGGAUCCAUUCCUGCUGCUACGACUGCGUCCUGUGCUCAGAGGGAGAAAUCUCCAGUAUGACCGAUAGUGAGGCCUGCACAAAAUGCCCAGAUAAUGAAUGGUCCAAUGAGAAGAAGGAUCUGUGUGUUCCCAAAUUGGAAGAUUUUUUGUCCUAUGAUGAUGCUGUUGCCAUAGCAUUUACAUCACUCUCAAUGUUAUUUUGUCUUCUAACUGUUACAGUAUCAGGGAUUUUUCUUUCCUAUAAAAAUACUCCAGUUGUAAAAGCCAAUAAUUGGAGCCUCAGCAUGAUCCUCCUGGUCUCUAUCAUGACGAGCUUCCUUUGUGUCUUUCUGUUCCUUGGUCGUCCUACGGAUAUAACCUGCAUUCUACGCCAAACUGUCUUUGGAGUUGCCUUCUCAUUAGCCGUGUCUUCUGUGCUGGCCAAGACUAUCAUGAUUUAUGUCGCUUUUAAAGCCACCAAACCUGGCAGUGUCUGGAGAAAAUGUCUUGGAAUCAAACUGUCUGCUUCUGUUGUCUUGUUUGGCUCAUCUGUCCAAGUUAUAAUUAUGAUUUUUUGGUUGUCCAUUUCGCCCCCAUUUCAGGAGCUGGACAUGCACUCUUAUCAGGGAAAGAUCAUCGUUCAGUGUAAUGAGGGCUCGGUUAUCGCCUUCUACAGUGUCCUGGGUUAUAUGGGGCUUCUGGCAGCCGUUAGUUUUAUUAUAGCUUUUUUAGCCAGGACAUUACCGGACAGUUUUAAUGAGGCCAAGUACAUCACCUUCAGCAUGCUGGUGUUCUGCAGCGUUUGGAUUGCGAUGAUCCCGGCCUAUCUGAGCACCAAAGGGAAGAACAUGGUGGCCGUAGAGAUUUUUGCCAUAGUGGCUUCAAGUGCUGGACUUCUAGGAUGUAUAUUUUUUGCAAAAUGUUAUAUAAUUAUAUUUAGACCAGAAAUUAACUCAAAAACACAAUUAUUUCGAAGCAGAAAUAACAAUCCGUAGAUAUAAUAAAGGUCAAUACAUUUGGGGAAUUAAAUGUCUUAAUGCUCCACGGAUGUACUAUGACAUCGUAAGUGAAAUAUCUUAUAUCAAUAUGUGUACUGGCAAGUCUGCUUUACUGAUUUCAUGUUGACUGAUCAUGUGUAGCGACACUCAGCAUAAAUUGUAGAGACCUCAGACGGUCCAUGUAGACUCUGCUGGGAUCUCUAAUGACUGCCCUCCGCUGGCUAAUCACAGGUAUGACUAUAGAAAAUAUUGCUGACUUUAUAAGCUUCUGGGUACCAUCACAGGCAUUAUGGAAUUAUGCAGAAAACCCUAAAACAUUAUUUUAUGUUUGUAAAUAAACUAAUUCUUCAAUUAUUUGGAGAGCCAAUGAAAUUGGCAGAAAAGUACAGAGAUCCCAUAAAAUGAUUGCAUAUGAGCGUCAGCAAGUGUUUUUCUCCUAUUCUUGUGUGACGUCGCACAUCGUAAUAAAGAAGGUGGACAAGGCCUUUUUAAUAUAAUAGCU